AUGCUUGCUCUUGCGCGAUCGGUCGGCUCCUUGGCGAGAGAAGUUGAUGUCAUUGUUAAGGCCCUUGAGGAUCUCUCAACAUCAGUAAACCUUAUAGGAGGGGCUGUUGAAAGUAUCAGAAAUGCUGUCCUUUCACGUCCCUCUGUGGAAUCCUCCAGCUCCGUAUCACGAGCGUUUUCUUCUGGGCUGUUCGACGGCAUUCACUUGACACGGUCCCACAAACGCAAAGUCGACUCACAGACGAAGUUUGUAAUGGAGGAGCUGACCAGUCUGCGCCACGACGUUGCCAGGGAGCACCAAUUGGAUAUCAAGCGCACCGACGAAGUCGAUAUCAGGGACAACCUUCGCGGGGAUCGCGCAAUAGGUUACAAGAGACGCGUUGCCCAGGGCGGCGUCUCCAAAAAGAGCAUUUUGAGACGUCAUAAUACAUCAUCAAGCGCUACACAAGAGGAAACAUCUGUUUCUUCAGAAGAAAGCAGUGAUCGUCAGCACCGUGAGGUCGCAUUGCUGUCAACAGCAACUACAGACGUCGUUUCACGGCUCCUAGUAUCAGAGUCAGAAGAGGAGGAAACGGCGCAACUGCCAAGUUUGUUGCUGUCUUUACACCAAGAGACCACAUCGCGCAAACGCGCCCGUUCAUGUGAUGGCUCUGCUGAUGACUUAUCUGACAGCACCAGUGGCUCUUGCGCCGGUGCUCGUGGUGGUCGUGGCGGUCGUGGUCCUUGUGGUGGUCGUGGUCGUGGUCGCAACUAA